AUGUCAGGUGAACGGGAGAGGAUGCCUUACUACGGGUACCGAGAGGGCGGGCCCGAGUCGGACUCUAGUGGAGGGUGCUCGGACUCUGAUGGAGGUGAAUCAGAUUCAGAGGGAGGGUUGAGCACGGAGAGCUCGGUGGGGCAUGGUUUGCCUUACCCUGGCUUUACUCCGCUCGCCCUCCGAUAUUUGACGCAAGACACGAGACCCAGGAGUUGGUGUCUUAAACUCAUCACUAAUCCAUAUCCUUUUCAAUAUAUUUCAAGACUAAUAUUAUUAUGGUAA